GGGACUGGAGUUGUGUUGAUGGAUAGGAACACGAACAACAACAGCAACAGCAGCAGCAGCAGCGAGAUGCCGGGGAAGAAGGCCAGGAAGCCGUACACCAUCACGAAGCCACGGGAGAGAUGGAGCGAGGAGGAGCACGAGAGGUUCCUCGACGCGCUCAUCAUGUACGGCCGCGACUGGAAGAAGAUCGAGGAGCACGUCGGCACCAAGACCACCAUACAGAUCCGCAGCCACGCGCAGAAGUACUUCCUCAAGGUGCAGAAGAUGGGGCUCGCCGCCGGGCUGCCGCCGCAGUACCCGAGGCGGAGGCUCGUCAUGCAGCAGCAGCAGCAGCAGAGCUCGCCGGCGGUGAGCAGCUCGGUGGCGGCGACGGCGAUCCUCCACGGGCAGCCGCAGUGCUUGCCGCCGCAUCACAACGUCGCUGUUCAGAGCUCCAUCGGUUGGGAGUGUCCCGGAGUUCUUCCUCCUGCAACCAAUGACAUGCAGAACUUGGAAUGGGCAAGUACUUCAGGCACUGCAGCCUGGGGGAACCAUCACGGCCUGAUUGAACCACCAGCAGCAUUUGUUUCAUUUCCUGGUGAAAGUUCAUUCAUGGGGGCAGCAAGUUUCAGUAAUACGAGCAUGGACUGGACUGGCACCACAAGUGAAAUGGCAACAGCCAGCAUUGUGCAGGAUGAAACGAUCGAGCUUCCACUAUCACCUGAUGAUCUGCAAUUUGCACAAGUAUACAGGUUCAUCGGCGACAUUUUCGAUCCAGACUCGCCGUGUCCAGUGGAAACACACCUUCAGAAACUGAAGAGCAUGGAUGAUAUCAUCGUGAAGACGAUACUGUUGGUGCUAAGAAAUCUCGAAGACAACCUGUUAUCCCCUCAGUUUGAGCCUAUUAGAAGGUUGCUGUCGACGUAUGAUCCGAACCGAGGACUGUCUGGCCAUUUGUAGAGUUUAUAGCCUGGAAACUGCAACUAACACACGGAUAGGAAGUUCAAGUGUACCUGUAUCUGUAUGUCUGAAGAAUUGAUUAGAAGCUGGAAACAAAAUAUGUCCGACCAGAGUUUUGCCUGGUUGACAUAUAUAGCCUUAUGAUUCUUUGAAGAGCUAGACAUAGAUCGAUGAUUGUUUGUAAAGGGCCUACUUGGAACAUGUUCAGAGUCUCAAAUACUAUAGUUUUUUUUUUCAUUUCGCCGAUUGGUUGUAACAUAAAAACUGUCCAGGACAUUAUUUGAUUCUAUUUAUUAUCUAAAAAAAUAUAUUUGAUUCUAUUUGGCAA